ACAGAGAGAGAGCCUAAUGGUGAAUGACAUUACGGACAUGGUUCGACGUCUCAAAUGUUUGAUUCUACGUCUCUAAACCCUCUCUGAAUCUCUCUACCAACUCUGUAUCGCUGGUCCUCUUUUUUCGCUCGUCUCCUUCCGUUCGUUGGUCGUGACGUUCUUUGGUUGGUCAAAGUCCCAUACAUUGACAGUUCACGUUGCAGAUUUGCAAAAAAUUUGCAUGGCGCAACCACCGCCCCAUGUAUCCCACCUCAUCCCCCCAAACUGGCCUCCUUUCCCUCACCACCCCGGCGCCGGAGGCGGAGGAGGAGGCGGAGGCCAGCCCUCGUGGGUCGACGAGUUCCUCGAGUUCUCCUCCACGAGGCGCGGGGCCCACCGGAGGUCGGCAAGCGACUCGGUCGCCUUCCUCGAGGCGGGGGAAUACCGGAAUUCGGCCCACCAUGAUGGCGGCUACGGCUUCGACCGCUUGGACGACGAGCAGCUCAUGUCCAUGUUCUCGGAAGACGGGAGCAUGACCGUCACCGUCGCACUGCCGCCCCCGGCCUCCUCCUCUGGUACGUCCACGCCGUCCGAUCAGAACAGCAACACCGGAGAGAUCAAGCCGGCCCCUGCAUAUCUGGAUCGCGCGAUGCAGCAGCAACCGCCCAAAACCGAACCCGGAACGUUGGAGGUCGAGUCGGAUUCGGCCAAGGCAGCUCAAGCUUCCUCCAAUGCCGAUGCCACCGACCCGAAACGGGUCAAGAGGAUUCUAGCAAAUCGGCAAUCUGCUCAGAGGUCGAGGGUGAGGAAAUUGCAGUACAUUUCGGAGCUGGAACGGAGUGUAAACGCAUUGCAGAGCGAAGUAUCGGCGUUGUCGCCCAGAGUUGCAUUCUUUGAUCAUCAACGUCUGAUUCUGACCGUGGACAAUAGCGCUCUCAAGCAACGGAUCGCCGCCUUGGCUCAAGACAAGAUCUUCAAAGACGCUCAUCAAGAAGCGCUGAAGAAGGAGAUAGAGAGAUUGAGGCGGGUGUAUCAGCAACAAAAUCUCAAGAAGAUGGCCGACGCGACACCCACCGCCAAUCCAUCUCCGCCGCCCCAAGAUCCACCGGAGGGAUCCGACAACGACGGAUCGAAAGGAUAAGGACCAAAUCCUCGACCAUGAACAUUAAAGAGGGGAGGAGGGGUCUCCUCGAAUUGGGCAUUGGAGAAAAAGUGCCCUUUUGUUUCGAUUUUUCCCCCCUUCAGCAAUCAUUAUACUUGUUCUCGAGCCCUUUCAGUUUUUUCAAACUUUGGGCUCGAUCUUCCGCAUCAUUGGGUACAAUUUGUAGCAAAUGAGCGACAAUUGUGAUGAUAAUAUGGCGAAUGUCUUACCUUAAUACUGUCCAAAUUACACAUCAA